AUGGCCGUAAGGUUUCUGGCAUACGAGGUAUCGGACCUCUGCAUCGGGAAGCCGCCGUUGAAGCCGCUGCCGCUGUCCGCGACCAUCGGCGAGGCGCUCGUCUGCCUGAAGAGAUGCGGCGAGAGCUACCUCAGCGUGUGGACGGAGGGUUCUAAAGCGGCAUCACCAAAUUCCCCCGAGAGAAGAACCUGCGUGGGGAAGGUUUGCAUGGUGGAUAUUAUCUGCUACCUCUGCUCGGAGGAGAAUCUUAAGCGUUCUUCCUCCGUCGCCCUGAGUUCCCCUGUUUCCGUUCUCCUCCCGAAGGAAUCCGGGAGUCUGGUCAGACAUGUCGAACGGCAUUCCAGGUCCGUAGUCGCGCUGAUAAUUCGAUCUCUCUGGCUUUAAAAAAUAAUUUCCUGUUAUUUGCUGCUGCGCUUGUCUUCAACGGAUUCGUACAGGACCGUCGAACAGCACGGCAAACUUAUUCUGCUUUUGCAGUUGAUCUUCUGUGGACUUUCCGAUGUUCCUUCGCGUAUUUCUUUUUUAUCAAAUUUUCAAUCCAGUCUUCUUACUCGCGUAUUCCCGUUUCCUUGCGGAUAGACAGAAUACUGUCUAAUUUCUUUGCGUCAUCAAUGCAUAGUAGGGGGUGGAUGGGUUGCUUUUAUUCGGCGAGAUUUGUCAACUGUGUAUAGCUCGAGGAGAUAUCGAUUGAUCCUCUGAUCUGAUGAGUAUUUAAUUAUUUCUUCAGCUUGUUGGAAGCCCUGGAUUUGAUUCUGGAGGGGGCGCAGAACCUGGUGGUUCCGAUCCGAUCCGUCGGCAGGAAAAAGCUCCACUCAUAUGCGGCGGACUUCUGCUGUCUCGUACAGGAGGACUUCGUUCGCUUCUUUCUCAACUCCAUCGGUGCCUUCUCCCAAGUCUCCUCCCUCUCGGUGGAGUCGCUGGGGAUCAUCCGGCGUGACGUCCUCGCCGUCCGGUACCACGAACCCGCCCUCUCCGCCUUGCCGUUGAUCAAGGAGGCCCUGAUGUACCAGACCGCGGUGGCGGUCGUCACCGACGACGGGAAACUCGUCGGCGAGAUCUCACCGUCCACCCUGGCCAGCUGCGACGAGACCGUGGUGGCGGCGAUCGCCACACUCUCCGCCGGCGAGCUCAUGGCCUUUGUCGACUGCGGCGGCCCGCCGGAGGAAGCCGUGAGGACCGUGAAAGCGAGGCUGAGGAAGCGGGGCAUGGAGGGAAUGCUAGAGCUGAUCGAGGAGGAGGCAUCGUUGUCGUCGUCGGCGUCAGAUACCUCCCUCUCCACGCUGUCGUCGGGAAGCUCGUCGUCGGACGAGGAAUCGACGACCCCGGCGAGGACACGGCGGCUAGAGAAGCACGGCGGCUCGGGCAGCUACUCGGUGAGGAUGGGGAGGAGUCUGGAGGAGGCCAUCGUCUCCCAUCCCGGUAGCUCGCUCGUGGCGGUGCUGAUCCAGGCGUUGGCUCAUCGUGUAAACUACGUGUGGGUGGUGGAGGACGACUUCGAGUUGGCAGGGUUGGUGACCCUAACAGACGUCCUGAAAAUAUUCCGCGACCCGCUCUAG